GCUGUGCAAUUUACAUUUUGCAAUUGCAUAUUUUACGUGCGGUUGCAUUAAUAAAUUUUAAACGAAAACAUGUCUAAGGAUGACAAGGACAAAGUGCAAAUCAUCGAUAAGGACUUGGAUCUAUCCAAUGCCGGACGUGGCGUUUGGUUAGUCAAAGUACCCAAAUACAUUGCACAGAAAUGGGAAAAGGCGCCAUCAAAUAUGGAUGUUGGUAAACUGCGUAUCAGCAAGACGCCUGGCCAGAAGGCGCAAGUCUCACUUUCACUCACGCCCGCUGUGCUCGCACUGGAUCCGGAUGAGAAGAUACCCACAGAGCAUGUGCUUGACGUGUCACAGGUGACGAAACAGACACUCGGCGUUUUCUCCCACAUGGCACCCACAGAGGCGGCGGCCGUCGCCAGCAACGGUAAGGAAAAUGGCACAGGUGCCGCUUCAGGGACGCCAGAUAGUGAAAAGCUGUACAUGGAAGGUCGCAUCGUCCAAAAGCUUGAAUGCCGUCCUAUUGCCGACACUUGUUACAUGAAGUUGAAGCUCGAGUCCAUACGCAAGGCAUCGGAGCCACAACGUCGAGUGCAGCCGAUCGACAAGAUCGUACAGAACUACAAGCCAGUAAAGGAUCAUGCACACAAUAUUGAGUAUCGGGAGCGUAAGAAGGCGGAGGGCAAGAAAGCACGCGACGACAAGAAUGCUGUGAUGGAUAUGCUUUUCCAUGCCUUUGAAAAGCAUCAGUACUAUAAUAUUAAGGAUCUGGUGAAAAUAACCAAUCAGCCAAUUAGCUACCUGAAGGAGAUACUUAAGGAUGUCUGCGACUACAACAUGAAAAAUCCGCACAAAAACAUGUGGGAGCUCAAGAAAGAAUAUCGCCACUACAAGACUGAUGAACAAAAGGACGAGGAAAAGGCCAAAUCGGACGGCAGCGAUACUGAAUAGUCGUAGGAUCUUGAUUUUAUUACCUGUAUAUAUAUACACAUAUGUAUGUACAAUUUUCCAAUGUAAUCAUGUACUCAGCUAAGCAAAAAGUAAAUCCAGCAGAUUUUCUGAACAAUUUUUAUCACAAUUCUCGAACUAUUAAAACAUUCAUUACCCGAUUUUCCAGUAAUUUUAAACAACUUGUUUUUAGUUUCUUUGACUUUUUCAUUGCAUUUAGAUGCUUUCUUAGAUUACUACAAAAAAAAUUUGCUUUGUUUUGCACAUUCAUAUGUAUGUAAUAUAUAUGUAAAUAGAUAAACCGUCUUUAAAAGUUGGAAAAACAAUUUUUACACACUAGGAGAUCAGGUACUUGAUUUUUGUAGUACUAUCAGCUCUAUAUGAUUUCCACAAUAUGUGUCUCUGGGUGAUCUUGAUUUCAUUAUUAUUAUUUAGACUUGCGUUUCUGAAAGAUUUUAAGUUGAGAAAAAUGAAUAAAUGGAAAAAUAAAAAUCAUAAAUGAAGAAAUUA